AUGGCUCCACAAAAUAGAGGUAAAUCAAGUGGAAAUCCAAGAUGCCCUAAAUGCAGUUUACAUUAUAAAGAUAUACAUGGACAUGUCAAAAGGAUACAUAAUACAACAUUAAGCAUAUUAAAACUACAAGUUAAUGGAAAGAGAAAUCAAAAUGUUCAAUAUCAAGAUAAUCGAACUAGACAAGACAAAAGAAAUGAUAGAUUAAAUAAUAGGUCCCACCUUAUUAAACAAAUUGAUAGAUAUUUGAGGAUUCUCCAACUCAAACAACUUAAAGAAGAGCUUAGAGAUGUUAAAAAUAAACUUAAUAAACUUGAACUGCUAGAACAAGAAAGUGAUGCAGAUUUAGAUUUGCAUUCCCAAAACUUACUGAUGAAAACUGAAAUUGUCCAAAAGGAUACAGAUAUCGAUAACUUGACAAGAAAAGUUACAGAUCUAAACUUGGUCAAUGAAGAAAGGAUUAAAUUGAUCAAUGACUUAGAAGCUCAAAUUGCAAAAUUAACGAGUAAUAUCGAAAUAUUAAGAUCUAAUUGUAAAAUGAUAGAUGCUGAAAGUAUUCAAAACGCAACAAAAUAUGAACGCGAACUUAGAAGUAGAGACGAAAGAGAAAGCGACCUUUAUUCACAUAUUACCCUUUUAAAAAAUAGGAUCAAGGAUUUAGAAUCAAUGUUAG